UAAAUAGAGCGCGGUUGCACCAUCACAAGAAAGACUGUGUGUUUCUCCAUUUCUCAGCAAAUUUGAGCUUAUAAAAGAGCAUACACUCGACCCAGCAGCAACUACAGGUGACUCCUUCUAACAAAGCAGCAGAUUCCAAAGACUAGGAGUGUUUUUAAAUCAAGUCAUCGCUCAGAAAUGGAUUCAGGACUGAAUACCCUCUCCCCACACAAACCAACUCCUACUAAGAGUCCUUGGGGUUCUCCGAUGCCAGCCACACCCACUUGCUCUCUGGCAUCAGUAAUGGAUGAAGAACUGGCUCGGUCCUUUCAAGCAGAGGAGGAAAAACUUUUAAAGAAAGAGAUGGAGAGACCUGUUCCUAGUGUUAGUCCAGUUGGCAAUGAAGAACUGCCCAUCAACGGUGGAGGGGCAGAGUCUACUGAUAGUGACUUCCUUUUGGCUCAAAUGUUGCAGCUGGAAUUUGAUAAGGAGCACGACCGUCAGCUAACAGCCGAAGAGAAACACUACAACAAGCAAAGCAGAGUUAAAAUUUCAUUUGAUAAUUAUCGUUCAUUGCAUCCUGCUUACCUCAAUCAUCAGGAAGAGGAGGAGGAAGAAGUAGUUGAUGAUGAAUACGAGAUGACCGUGAGAAUCCCUCGAAGCAGCGGAAGGAAGAAAGGCGUGUCACCAGGACAACCAACAAAACACGACUCAAAAAUAUGCGGACAAAAGAAUGUGAGGAAUAUGGAGAAGUUUCCUCCUGAUUUUCCAAUGGGUGACGUUCAGCCAGGACUCUGUCUAGACAACAGUGUGUUUAACGUGUUGAAGGAACACUCCAUGAGAGAAGAGAAACAGAGUCAACGUCACCACGAGAAGAAGGAGCACUCAACUCAAGAGCACGUACUGGAUCCAAAGACAAGACUGAUGCUUUUCAAAAUGGUGGACAGCGGUAAACUGGGCGAAGUUAACGGGUGCCUCAGUACAGGGAAAGAGGCAGCUGUGUAUCACGCUGAAGGAGGAGGAGAGUUGGAGGAUGGUACAGCAGUGCCUGAUGAAUGUGCUAUUAAGAUAUUCAAGACGACACUCAACGAGUUCUUUAGACGUGACAAAUACAUCAAGGAAGACUAUCGGUUCAAGAACAGGUUUGGGAAGCAAAACCCGAGGAAGAUUGUGAGACUGUGGGCCGAGAAAGAAAUGCAUAAUUUGAAAAGGUUACAUUCUCAUGGUAUACAUUGUCCUAAGGUUGUACUAUUAAAGAAACACGUGCUAGUGAUGAGUUUCAUUGGGAAGGACCAGAUACCGGCCCCUAAACUCAAGGACUCACAACUCACUCAAGAUCAACUCAAAAGCGCCUACCAUCAAUGCGUACAGACGAUGGAGAAAAUGUACAACGAUUGUCAUCUUGUCCACGCUGACCUCAAUGAGUUCAACAUGCUUUGGUUCGAGGGACGUGUCUACAUCAUUGACGUGAGCCAAUCUGUAGAACCCUCUCACCCUCAUGGGCUAGAGUUCUUACUCAGGGACUGUAAGAACGUCUCUACUUAUUUCUCUAAGAAAGGGCUGGCAGAGACUCUCUCACAUCAAGACUUGUUUAAUAAGAUAACGGGACUAGGGAUUAGCGCUGUGGACGAUCAGGAGUUUCUAACACAAAUACGUGCUUACACCCAAAGGCAGCAGCUGCUUGAUGUCAUUUAUGACAAGAAGGAGCCGUACCCGUUCGACUUCUUCUUUGAAGAGACGAUGAACAGCAGACAAGACAACAGCGGAUCCAUUGGAGUCGACGUGAAAAGAGGAAAGAAGGACUUAAACGAAUCGAAGAGCUCAGAGUCAAACGAAGAGGAAGUGUUAUCAGAAACGGAAGAGGAGACUGAUAGUGAUAGUACUGAUGAGGACUGAGUCAUUUAACAUUACACACAAAUAAACAUAAAUCAAAUAAAGCUACAGAUAUAUAUCUAUAUUAUAUUUUAUCUUUUAUUAUUACAUUACGCUAUUGUAUGCAAGUUUAGCGAGUCAUUUGUACUUUUCAUUUAA